GUGAUGGCCUUCCCCUUUCAAGCAUUUGCAUGAUGCCAGAACUGGUUGAUAUUGCAGCAAAUGAAUGGGAAGGGGGGCUUUUCCGUGAAGCCAAUGAGGGUGCAGAAAAAGUGAGCUCAAUCUUGUCUACAAACGUUCAAUAUCUUCAACUCAGAUGCUGCAACUUAACAGAUGAUUUUUUUCCAACACUUCUCCCAUGGUUUGCUAAUAUGAAGAACUUAGACCUAUCAGGGAAUAAUUUCACAGUCAUUCCAGAAUGCAUCAAAGAAUUCCACUUUUUAACAAGGCUUAAUUUGAACUUCUGUGAGCGACUUCAAGAAAUUAGAGGCAUUCCUCCAAACCUGAAACAUUUCUUUGCAAUAGAUUGUCAAUCCUUGACUUCCUCAUGUAGAAGCAUGUUACUAAAUCAGGAACUGCAUGAGGCUGGAAGCACCUUCUUUUAUUUGCCAGGAGCCAAGAUUGCAGAGUGGUUUGAGAUUCAAACAUUGGAACUGCCAAUUUCUUUCUGGUUUCGUGGCAAACUCCCAGCCAUGGCUAUUUGUCUUGCAAUGGAACGAGUGUGGGAGUAUUCCUCAUCAGAAGGUGGUAAAUACAGACCCUUGGUGAUCCAUAGCACAUUUAGACUCAUGUCACCCAUUGUGAUCAUCAAUGGCAACGAACAUUUGUUAGAAACUUGGGAGAUGUUGGAUGAUUGUACUUGUGUUUUUGACCUGAGGGAGACAAAACUGAAAAAUGAUUUAGAUGAAGAACUUGUGGAAAACGAAUGGAACCAUGCAGAGGUUACGUGUCGAUACGUGAGUUUAGACCAAACCUUAAUAAAACAUGGAAUCCAUGUAUUUAAACAGGAAAGUAGCGUGGAAGAGAUUCGAUUCACUGAUCCUUCCAGAAAAAGAAAUCUUGAUAUGAUGAACUCAAUAGCUCAAAAUCACAGCAGCAACAGUUGCUGAAAAAACAAAGAUGAGUGCACAAAGAAGUUGGUGAAAC